CAAUCCUACGGCCUAUUUGGUAUCCCCAUAUCCGGAAUUGUGUGAUACUCCGAGGAUGGUUGAGCGGCACCUAUAGCGGAGCUCUCAGCUGCAAAAACACUAUGUUUAUCGGAGAUGUCCCUCAAGAUUGAAUCACGAUGUAUUGUCCAUGAUCCAUGAAUUCUUCGCUGAGCAACCUGUUGGCGGAUAACACCGACAUAGCAUGGCGGACCCAGGACAAUUGCCGCCGACGACGUCCGAUCAGACAGAAGCCUCGGACUGGGACACAGCACUGAUUAUAACUGAUGACUGGAUGAAAACAAUCCCCCCGGAGAGGCGGCAUAGCGGAUGGGAGGCAGUAGAAAGACAAUGGAUCGGAAAUAUGCAAUCACAGCAACCAAAAGAUUCAAGGCCUACCAGGGAAUUUACAAAGAAAGAGUAUGAAGCUAUAGAACGGUUUCCAUGUCCGCAGAAGACCCUACCAAUUCCACAGCUAGAAUUUGACUUCCGAAUGAGAGUUAUUCUGAGUUCCCAGUCUGCUUCCGUUGCCGUAAACGAUGGCUUCAAGAAAUUGUCCACAAUCUCCGACGGGAGCUGGUCGGGCCGCUUUGGAUACGGUCUUGUUGUCAAUGGAGGACAAGAGAGUCAAGACACGAUCCAUGGAAAAACAACGGCGACUUGGGUGGAAGGUAUACAUCGGCUACAAACCGGGGACGAAAUACCAGCAUACAUCGAAUGCAAAACGCGAGGGCAUAUGAUCGGACCUUCAGAGCUGGUGAAGGCGCUUCAAGACCCAGAGGCAUCAGCAUCGGUAGACCCAAGAUCAUGUCUAUUCAGGGUGUUUGUCACUAUGAAGACUACGGAUGAACGAUAUGCAGAGAAACUAAACGCUGGCAUGUGGAUCGGAAGCUGCCUUUGGAAAGGGUUAGAAGUCAUAUACGACGCAUACCGAGUGAGUUAGCGGAUACUCAUAUGUGUUGAAGAAAAAAAAAAAAAAAACAUGGGGUUAGGUUCGUUAUGGAGAGAAUUCGUUAAAAAAGCGGGUAUUUUAUGGAUACUUGUGGAUAUUUGCGGAGACAUUCUAGGUACCUUAGGUUAGGUACAUAUAAAGUUCGGAAUAUUCCUUUGGCUGAAUUCGUUAUAGACAGAUACCUAAUAUUCGUUAUGGUACGGAUUUCCUGUAGUUGAAUGAUCAUUGGGCACUAGGGAUGAAGCUGAUGGUCUCAAACCGGCAGCGCUCAAGAUCCGGAUUUUACCUUAGAAUCGC